AUGCCUGGACGUGAGAACGGCACUCUUCAGGUUCUGAAGAAGAAGCUCAGUCUUCAGCCCCUGUUUGCCAAGGAGAGGACUCGCAGAUCUUCAUCCCCUCCGCUGCCUGGCAAGAAGCAUGCCAGCAGGUCCCCCUCCCCUCCCAGACUGGAUGAGAGCAAUGAGAACACCUUGGUGUGCACGUCGACAUGGGACUCCCGCCUUGAGCGGUACCAGAUCCUCAAGCUCGACACCAACUUGAGCGUUUCCAUCGGCGACUCAUUCGAGGCCAACCCCGGAAGCGAGGUCACCAACAUCCCCAAGUUCGAGUAUGGCCCUAUCCGGUAUCCCAAGAUGAUCCGCCUUCUCCUUAUCCUCCCGGCGACCUAUGACGACGAACCCCUCGAGACCAUCAUGUUCCACGCCGACCCUCGGGAGAUACCCUACCAGGCCCUGUCCUGUGCCUCCAACGACCGUAAGCAGACCAGGCUCAUGCACUGCAACGGCCGUGGCCUGGCCGUCACCGAGACUGUCUAUUCAGCCCUCCUCAACAUUCGAAACCUCGGCGACCGCAAGAUCUUCUCGACAGUAUGGACCGAUGCAGUCUGUAUCAACCAGGCUGAUAUGCAGGAGCGUGAGUCUCACCUCCGCCUAUGCAAGACCAUCUUCAGCACUGCGGCAGUUACCAUUGCCCACCUCGAUGGAACUGAAAAGUCCCGUCGCAAGGUCUUUGAGACUGUCGACAUGCUCCAUGAGGCCUGCCGCAAUGACGAAUUCCGUGAAAGACUCGAGGAAGAUGGACUGGACCUCUCAUCACUUGACCAGCUCUGCAUCGGAAACAAGCGUCUUCGAAUUCCCCUUGACAACCGGGUGGAACUGUCCAAGGUCUUCUCCCACCCCUGGUUCGAACGUGUGUGGAACUGGCCUGAGAUAUCCCUGUCCAAGAAGGUUUACUUCCUGUAUGGAUCUGCCCUUCGUCCCUGGAGCUUCUUUGCCGAUGCUGCCUGGUGCAUGCAUCAGCUGCGCUGGGAGUCGUCCCUGAAUUCCGAGUGUAUCGUUCACGGCCAAACCCGGAUGGAUCUCAAGUAUGAUCACAUGUUGCACUUGGAUGACCACCGCCAAGACAUCCGUGAUGAGAAGCCAUGCACCCUUCUCAGUCUCCUGACCAAGUCGCGCCAGUUCACAUCAGCCAACCCGCUGGAUCGGGUCUUUGCCUUGUGGCCGCACAUCAGCAACGCAAGUGAGAGGGAUUUCGUCCAGGCUUACUUCGACUAUAACCUGUCUCCUCUUAGCGUCUUCCUCAACUUGACACUCAACAGCAUCAUCUCACAUGAGACUCUUGAUGUCCUGCAUCUCGUCCAUAACGAGGUCAAGGAUGACUGGCCCUCAUUUGUGCCUGACCUGUGGAUGAAGGAUGGCGUUCGUACCCUAGGAUCCAAGGAAGGUCGUGAGCACUGGGAGUACCACGCUGCCGGUGACACCAAGCCUCAGUUCACUGCCCUCAACACUAAGAACCAGGCCCGUCAUGGUAUGCCCUACUUUGAGGAUGACGUCAACAUCAUGCUCAAGGGAUUCCUCGUCGACGAGGUCACUCGGGCGGGAUCUGAGAUGAAGGACAUGAUGUUUGGUGGCAAGUCUUUCCUCUCAGACUGGGUCAACACCGCUCUCGUGACAGGCAACAAGAAGUUCUACACUGCAGGUGAACUAAAGCGGGCCAGGGCUCUUCAGAAGACCUCUAAGAGCCGCAGCGACAAGAAGGACACCACUUCAGCUCAAGAAAAUGGCGAGUCUUCUCGUGUUGCCGAGCUUCAGGCAGCCAUGAGGCGGUCAAACCGUCGUUUUGGUUCGGCUCGGGACUCGCAAGGUCAGCUCCGUGACUCUCUCACACCGUCUCUGAUGGAGGCCCUGGAGAACAUUGACAUUAUGGAGAGUGGCUUCGCUGCCCAAGAGCCUGUGUCUGAACCCGAGCCAAUUUCGACCCUUCCUAUGAACGAGAAGUAUCCUAUUGGUGACAUCUCAGUCGUUGAGGCUUUCUGGCGAACCCUGAUAAAGAACAAGGACGAGAAUGGCGAGGUCCCUUCGGCGGAAAUGAAUAAGACCUUUUUCCAGCCAUGGCUAACCGCCAUGUCGGGUACGACCGCCGAGAUGCUGGAUGCUCUGGCCCAUGGACAGAGCGAAGACGGCCCGCGACCUGAGCCGCUCUUCAACGACCUGGUGCACAUGAGCUGCAACGGUUCGCGCAUCGUGAGGACCAAGACGGGACUGAUUGGCACUGCGCCUUGGGACGUCCAGGAGGGCGAUUUCGUGUGUGUCCUUUACGGCGGACAGACGCCGUUUGUGCUUCGCAGGGACGAGAACUGCCCCGGCAAGUACCGAUUUGUUGGUGAUUGUUAUAUCCACGGUAUCAUGGAGGGCGAGGCGCUGAGCAUGGAGUUGGAGGAGCGGGAGUUUGUUAUUUCAUGA